GAACCUAUCGCUGAGGGUAGGAACCGUCUGACAGCGCGGCAACCAAGGGAGGGAAAACGGUGACGGAACACCUCAGGACAUAUUUCCGCCAAUAACAAACCCGCAUCGACUUACAAGUGUAUUGUUCGUGUUAGUUAUUCCAAGAGUGUAAACAUCGUUAGGUAAUUAGCAUUUGGACGCGGGUUAAAUAACACACAGCCCAGUAUUUACUCAGACGCCAUGAUGGGUACAUUUUCUUGUCGCCGGUAAUGAACGUGAAUCAGCAAACAAAUGAUUCCGCCUAGCGUUAGCUAACAUGCUAAAGCGGUGGACUGACAUGCUAACAUGCUAACUUGGGCUUAACUGUCAUUAACGCCGAUGCUACUGUAGCAUACGGAGUUAUUGGUGAAUAACAUGUCCAGAGACUGAAUUAGGUCUCUCGUUUUGUAGCCAGAUAUUAAGUUUAUUAAUUAAAAUUUGGUUUUAAAAGAGCAGACACGGAUUUUUGCCGGUUCAGAUCAUUUCCUGACCGCGAGGCGUUCACGGUUUUUUCCUCAGAUCGACUCAUGCAAUCCUAAACCCUGACAAACUAUAUUUACUAAGGAGAACACAGUGAAAUUUGGAUUAGAUAUUCUGUGUUUACACUCUGUUACAUCCCUGAUUAUGGCGGAGGGGAACAGCAGAUUUUCAGUUUACAAUCAGCUCAUUCUGCAGAUUUGCAAAAUGAAGAUGUUCUCAGUGUCCCACAAGACAGUGUUUGUGGUGGACCACUGUCCCUACAUGGCCGAGUCAAGUCGUCAGCAGGUAGAGUGUGACGUGCUGACAAAGAGUCGAGCUCAAGGGGUUAUUCCUUUGGCCCCUGUGUCCAAGUCCCUGUGGACCUGUGCUGUGGAGUGCUCCAUGGAGUACUGCCGGAUUCUCUAUGACAUUUAUCCAAAGGACAAACUGGUUAAUUACAUCGUGAGUGAUUCAGAGUUUCACAUACUGAAUAGCUGGAGGCAGGAAGAUCAGAGCACUCAUGAGCUCAUGUCGGCUCUGGCAGCCGUUGGGCCGCCGAACCCGCGUGAGGAUCCAGAGUGUUGCAGCAUCCUGCACGGGCUGGUCGCUGCUGUGGAGUCGUUAUGUAAGAUCACAGAGCUGCAGCAUGAGAGACGCACCUCUCUGAUGGACAUGGCUGAGAGAGUUGCCAACAGAGGUCGUAUUAUCUGCCUAACCAACGCUAAAAGUGACACUCAUGUGCGCAUGUUGGAGGACUGCAUCCAGGAGACCAUUUUAGAGCAGAACAAGCUGGCAGCAGGUUCAGACAGGCUGAUGGCCAUUCAGCAGUGUGAGCUUGUUUUAGUUCACAUCUACCCACAGGGUGAAGACACACUGGUGUCUGACCGACCUAAGAAAGAGAUCUCUCCUCUGCUCACCAGCGAGGUUCACAGUGUUCGCGCUGGGAGGCACCUCGCCACCAAACUCAACAUUUUGGUCCAGCAGCACUUUGACUUGGCCUCCACCACCAUAACAAACAUCCCCAUGAAGGAAGAGCAGCACGCCAACACAUCGGCCAAUUACGACGUCGAGCUCCUGCAUCACAGAGACGCUCACCUGGAGUUCUUUAAAAGUGGAGACUUGCACAUGGCGGGCACUAGCACUCGAGAAAAUGGACUCAAAGAGACGGUUACGCUGAAAUGGUGCACUCCACGAACCAACAGCAUAGAACUGCAUUACUGCACCGGAGCCUAUCGCAUCUCCCCGACGGACGUCAACAGUCGUCCAUCGUCAUGUUUGACAAAUUUUCUCCUUAACGGUCGAUCAGUGCUGCUGGAGCAGCCCAGGAAGUCGGGGUCAAAGGUCAUAAGCCACAUGCUCAGCAGCCACGGCGGCGAGAUCUUCCUGCAUGUGCUCAACAGCAACCGCUCCACCCUGGAGGACCCGCCCUCCAUCAGCGAGGGCUGCGGGGGUCGAGUGACAGACUACAGAAUCACGGACUUUGGUGAAUUCAUGAGGGAGAACAGGCUGACUCCAGUGUCAGAGUCUUCCCACGAUCCCUCGGGCAAGCUGCCAGCUGAGAGGGCGAAGGCGCAGCUGGAGCGUCACACGAGAUACUGGCCAAUGAUUAUCUCCCAGACCACCAUCUUUAACAUGCAGGCAGUGGUUCCUCUAGCAAACCUGAUAGUGAAGGAGACUCUGACAGAGGAGGACGUUCUGACCUGUCAGAAGACGGUUUACAACCUGGUGGACAUGGAGAGGAAGAACGACCCACUUCCUAUCUCCACCGUUGGAUCCAGAGGCAAAGGCCCCAAGAGAGAUGAACAGUAUCGUAUAAUGUGGAACGAGCUGGAAACGUUGGUGAAAACUCACGCCGGAGCCACCGACAGACACCAGCGGGUCCUGGACUGCAUCGUCGCCUGCCGCAGCAAACCUCCCGAGGAGGAGGAGAGAAAGAAGAGAGGGAGGAAGAGGGAGGAGAGGGAGGACAGGACGGAGAAAAACGGCAGCAAGGACACGGAGGAGAAAAGCUGGCAGGAAUCAGAGAGGCUAAAGGGUUUGCUGGAUAAAGAAGAACAGGAGGCAGAGGUGAUCAAGGAUUCCCCGGACUCUCCAGAGCCACUCAACAAGAAACCUCGUCUGUCCACAGAGGAGGUCCAGCCUCCAGAGAGAGCCAAAGGUCCCGUCUCGCUCCUCAGCAUGUGGACCAAUCGCAUCACUGUGGCCAAUUCCAGGAAGCACCAAGAGUUUGUCGGGAGAGCGAGCUCCGUCAACAACAAGUUUGAGCUGUACCAGCACCUCAAAGAUGAGAACGGGAUGGAUGUUCACGAAAACGGCAAGGCCUCCAGAUGAUGUCUCCAUGGAAACAUCAUGCUUCUCCCCCUUUCCCAGGAUGAGAUUGUGGACCAGUGUUUUUCAGACUUGGGUGCCACCUUAUAUCCCUCCAAACAAGGACAUCCAAAUGAAAUGACAGAGAACUCUAACAAGGAAUUUCUAAUUUUUUUACCCAUGAUUUUGUAGAUAUGUUGUUCACAUAUUGUGUAACAGAAUAAAAGCUGUCAAUAGAGAA